AUGGACACCUCGUUCGACAUCCCCGACUCCACCGACUGGCUAGACACGCCGUUGUCGCUUCUCGCGCCGCUCGAAUCGUCCCUCCGCUGCCAGGUCUGCAAGGACUUCUUCGACAACCCCGUGAUUACCUCCUGCAGCCAUACCUUCUGCUCGUUGUGUAUACGUCGUUGCCUAAGUACGGAAGGGAAAUGUCCCGUGUGUCGGAGCUCUGAUCAGGAGACGAAACUGCGGCGCAACUGGAUCGUUCAGGAACUUUUGGAGGCCUUUCAGAACGCUCGUCCUAGUGUAUUGGAACUAGCGAGGAAGGCUAGGGAUGGUGCGCUUGACCGUCGUGAGCUAUCCGAUGAGCCUGCGUCUAAGAAGCGGAAGAUUGAGCCGACGGAAGGGGAGGAGGACAUGUCGGAGGUUGGUGCGGAGGGUAUCGUGACCCGGUCUCAGGGAAGACAAGUCGACAAUCAGCCACAGCCUACCACGGCGGAACAGCCUGCUACGGUGGAUCUGGUAGAGGAUAGUCAGGAUGAGGAUUUCGCGCCAGGUACGUUCAUGGGCGGCCGGUGUUUUUCAGAUGACGGGUUGGUCGCGUGUCCAAUAUGCAAUCGACGGAUGAAAAAUGAAGCUGUCUUUCCACACCUCGAGGCUGAAGCUUGCGGGAAAGAUCCAGCUCCAAAGAAAAUGUCUUAUGGGUCCCUACAGCCCAUGUCACCGGUUGCACGCAGACAAACUAGAACCACUGCAACCAGAAAAACAGUCAACAAAAAGCCCGAAAGGCUUCCUGCCAUUAACUAUUCUAUACUGAAAGAAGGCGUCCUCCGAAAGAAGCUGAAAGACCUCGGAAUUCCCAACACGGGUCCUCGGCAGCUCCUCCAGAGACGCCAUACAGAAUGGAUGAACCUGUGGAACGCUAAUUGCGACUCGAAAUGGCCUAAAACGAAAUGGGAAUUAUUGCGUGAACUGGAUGCUUGGGAACGAACACAAGGUGGUAAUGCAAAUCCGUCAUCUCACGAUUCCACAAUCAUGGACAAAUCUUUCGACAAGGCGGCGUGGUCCACUAGCCAUGAUAACGACUUCAAGCACUUGAUCGCAAACGCGCGAAAGAAGAAUGAUGCUGUCCGUGGCACGAUUUCUCAAGGGCCAGUUGAUUCGAAUGAGCCUGAAACGGCUCCAAACCCUGAGCGUGAAGCGGCACCCAUUUCCGAGCAACCAGCGGAGGGACCAUGUGUGGUAGGCGAAGUGCCGGGAUUAGGAGACUCACAAAUAGCUCUUCUCAACAUGAAUGGGGUCGAGAACCAAAGUCAACCAACACAGAAUGGCUAUGUAAACCUUCCAAUGGGACUGCCAUGA